UUACAGGAAUCAGUCAUGGGACUGCUGCUACCUCUCCUUCUUGCUUUACUCUCCUGUUUGAUUGGAGGACUCUACAUACUUGGUGUGUUUCGACAGCACCGACCAGGUGAACCCCCUUUGGAUAAGGGGCUCAUCCCUUGGCUGGGUCAUGUCUUUGAGUUUCGCAGGAACACAUUAAAAUUCAUCGAGAGGAUGAAGCAAAAACAUGGUGAUGUGUUCACAGUGCAGCUGGGAGGGUUUUAUAUCACAUUCCUUCACGAUCCUCUGUCGUUUGGGCCUUUUCUUAAGGAGAGUCGAGAAAAACUGGACUUCAUAGCGUUUGUUAAAGAGCUGGUGCACAGAGUGUUUGAAUAUGUGGCAGAGGGGGAUUACCACGUUGCUCUCGCGGUCGCCAGCAACAAGCACCUCAAGGGGGACGGCCUGAAGGUAUUGACACAAGCUAUGAUGGAUAAUUUGCAGAAUCUGAUGUCUCAUGAAAUCGGCUCAGCAGCAGACCAAAGCAGCUGGAAAGAAGAUGGACUGUUUAUGUACAGCUACAAUAUCCUUUUCAGGGCUGGCUUCUUAUCUCUGUAUGGCAAUGCAUCUCCAAAGUCAGAAGAAAGUGAGGAGAAAGCCAAAGAGAAAGACAGAGCGGAAUCUGAAGCCUUGUUUAAAGAGUUUCGUAAAUUUGACCAACUCUUCCCCAACUUGGCUUACGGGAUCCUCUCACCAACGGAAAGGUUGGAAGCAAAGAGGCUGAGGGAACUUAUCUGGAACACUCUGUCAGUGCAGAAGAUGAAGAUGAAGAACGAAGUAAAUGGCUGGAUCUUGGACAAUGCCCAGUAUUUAGAGGAGAAUGGUUUGAAGGAGUCAAUGAUAGACAGAUACAUGUUCGUGCUUCUUUGGGCCUCUCAGGGCAACACAGGGCCCAUUUCAUUCUGGCUGCUCCUCUUCCUCAUGAAACACCCAGAAGCCAUGAAAGCAGCGAAGGAAGAGAUUGAUAAGGUUCUGAAGGAAUCAGGGCAGGAAGUCAGACCUGGUGGCCCUUCUAUCAACCUGACCUAUGAAAUGCUGAAGAAAACACCCAUCCUGGACAGUGCUUUGGAAGAGACCCUCCGCCUCUGUGUUGCACCUGUCCUCACCAGAAAUGUGCUCCAGGAUAUGACCCUCAAGAUGGUAGAUGGUCGUGAAUAUUUCCUCCGCAAAGGUGACAGAUUGGCUAUGUUUCCUUAUUAUGCUGUUCAAACUGACCCAGAGAUCCACCCUGACCCACAUUCAUUCAAAUAUGACCGCUUUUUGAAUCCUGACGGGAGCAAGAAAACAGACUUUUACAAGAAUGGACAGAAGGUGAAGUUUUACACCAUGCCCUGGGGUGGUGGGGUCUCCAUGUGUCCCGGGCGUUUCUUUGCCUCUAGUGAAGUUAGGCAGUUUGUGUUCCUGGUGUUGGCCUACUAUGAGAUUGAGCUGAAGAAUCCUGAGGAGAAGAUACCUGAAAUCGAAUACAGCCGAUGGGGCAUGGGAGCCAUGCAGCCCAACAGAGAGGUCCAGUUUCGAUACCGACCAAUAUUUUAAACCCAACUAAUCAUUUUGACAUCUCUGUCAAAAUAUUUUUUUGAUUUUGAUCAAGUCUUUAAGCUUUCAUUUGAAAAUGAUCUUUCUGAAAAAUGUUUGAUUCAACAAUGAAGUUUUACCUUUAUUGUUGUACCAGUGAUAAUCACAUUAAUUGUGUCAAUAAAAUGUGUUUAAAUAUUUUGUGCUAAAAAUACAUUUCCAACCUAAAUAUUAGCUCAUCUAAAUAACAGUUGAUAUGACAAAUUUUGUGUUUCCUUAGCCAGGUUUACUCAGAUACAAGAAAAUAAGCUGUUAUCUUGAGUAGCAUCUAGCAUCAUUUAGCAAGUCCUAUCUGUUGAGUGUCAGGGAACUGGUUUCAAAGGUAUGAUCGGAAAAUAAAGGUUAGGUUUUAUUUGGGAAAGUCAUCUGUCAAAAAACAGCACCUGUAGUGACUAUAACAUGUGUGUUGAUUUCUGAAAAUGAUGACAUGUUGAUUUAAUGUGAGUAGAGUAGAAAGAAAAUAAAUUUGUCUUGGAUAAAUGAGUAACACCUGUAUUCAUCAUGUCUCAAAAUAAAAAUC